CAUUAGAACAAACUCAACAGAGAACUUAAAAUGAGACAAUUCGUGGUCCUAUUCGCACUGGCUCUGGCCACGGCUUCGGCUAAUUUGAUCCCCCAGCCGGGAUUCCCCGAGGGUCGCAUCAUCAAUGGCUAUGAGGCGGCUAAGGGAGAGGCACCCUUCAUCCUGUCUCUGCAGUCCUCGACCGGUUCGCACUUCUGCGGAGCAUCUCUGAUCGAUCCGAGGACCGUCUUAACCGCCGCCCAUUGUCUGACCAACUCAAAGGGUCGGAUAGUAGCCGGGGCCCACGACCGCACGAGCACCGAGGAUGUCCAGAUGAGAGACUUCACCAGUGCCCAGUACAGGAUCCACGAAGACUACAGCGGUGGCGUGGGUCCCAACGACAUUGGCCUGAUCCUGCUGCCUGAAAAGGAUGCCUUCAACCUGAACACCGUGUCCCGCGAUGGCAGCAAUCCGGUGUCCGCCGUGAACCUUCCCUCCAAGGCAUUCGAAGGCACUGGCGAUGGCAUUCUGUACGGAUGGGGUCGGGACAACUCGGGACUCCUGCCCAAUAAACUGCAGAAGCUGGAUGCCACAAUCAUUGAUGCCACUAGGUGCGCGGCUGCAUUGCCCUCCAACAGUCCGUUGGCGAAGUCGAAUGUGUGCGUCCACACCGCCGGAAAAGCCGACGGAGCCUGCAACGGAGACAGCGGAGGUCCGCUGGUCAUCAAGUCCGAAAGCGGCGCCACCCAGCAGGUGGGCAUCGUCUCCUGGGGAUACACACCCUGCGCAACUACCACCUACCCCUCUGUUUUCACUGAUGUGGAACAUCACAGGGCUUGGAUCGAGAAGAAUCGUUAUUCCGAUUAGGCGAUAACCUAACGUGUAUAUACUAACAUUAAAAACGAACAUUCUGUACUCAAACAA